UCUAUAUUGUUCAGUUCAGUUCAGUUUCUACAAGGUUCAGCAACAUUCAGAGCUCUUCCAAAUUUUUAUACAAAUUAUUUUUGUGCUUUUUUUUACAUCCAAAAUAUUUUGUAACUUUUACAACAUUUUCUAAAAAUUCGUUGAAAGAAAGGCAAACGGUAUAUAUCAGUGCUACAACAACGUGAAUCCUUUACCAGCGCAAGUUACCCCAAAUCCCUAAUCGAAAUCCAGACUUUGGUGUGCUUCCAUUCCAACCACCACCAACCAUGUAUUAUUCGGCCAACCGACGAUCCCAGAGCGCCCAUCCCCCGUCCUCCAGUCGCGCAGCCCGGAAUCCGGAUGCCGCCUCCUUGGCGGCCACCUUCCUGGACAAGAACUCGAGGCCCAACUUUCGUGUCAUCCGCACGGUGAUACCCCUUGAGUUGCCAUCCUUUGUGCAGGCACCCGCUUUGAUUACCAUGUUGAAGUCGCAGAUUGCGCGUCGCAAGCAAUUCCUCGAAUCAUCCAAUGCCCUGGGCGAGGAUUUGCUGAAACGAGUGGGCGGCAGACGCGAUGCGGUGUUCUUUAUGCACAGCAAUGCAAUGGGUGAACUGAAGCAGGCCAUUAGUGAGCUGGCCGGUCUGCUGCAUCAACUGGAGCUGGUGUACGACCCGGUUGCCUAUGGCAAGGUAUCCGUGCGGGCCCAACAGGCCGAUAAGCGGGCCCAGAUGUCCGAGAAUCUGCUCCACGGACGCAAUGAGCAGCUGGAGCGCCAUGUCGACCAUGCCAGGACCACCGGUUUCCGUGAGCGCACCAACGAUGCCCGUCGUCGUCUGGCCGAGAAGGAUGAAGCUAGCAGGGCGCUGGGCGUUUGGCGUUCCUACUAAAACUGGAUCACAACGAAAAUCACAUCGAAUUCGGCUAUAUCCCCUGAGGAGACACAGCUAUAUCGGAAACUAUGAUAACUUUUGAUUUAAAUAUGGUCCCUGGAUAUUUUGUUUGUGACCAUUUAGCUGAUCUGUGAUGUUUGCCUUGGUUUUUGGAAACGUAUGCAUCAUCUAUCUAUUGGUUAACUUACUGGACUGGAACUUAAAUUGUAUUCAUACUGAUACUACUACUACUACUACUAAGGCCCCCAACACCUUACAUUUCAACUUUCAAAUUAUUCAAGUGCUAUACAGUGCCUAGCAUAGCCAUAAAAGAUAAAAAUUAUCUAGUAAACUGCAUAGUUAUAUUCCUUGAAAAUAAUCUAGUAAACUGCAUAGUUAUAUUCCUUAAAAAUAAUCUAGUAAAGUGCAUAGUUAUAUUCCUUAAAAAUAAUCUAGUAAAGUGCAUAGUUAUAUUCCUUGAAAAUUAUCUAGUAAACUGCAUAGUUAUAUUCCUUGAAAAUUAUCUAGUAAACUGCAUAGUUAUAUUCCUUGAAAAUUAUCUAGUAAACUGCAUAGUUAUAUUCCUUAAAAAUAAUCUAGUAAAGUGCAUAGUUAUAUUCCUUGAAAAUUAUCUAGUAAACUGCAUAGUUAUAUUCCUUGAAAAUUAUCUAGUAAACUGCAUAGUUAUAUUCCUUGAAAAUUAUCUAGUAAACUGCAUAGUUAUAUUCCUUAAAAAUAAUCUAGUAAAGUGCAUAGUUAUAUUCCUUAAAAAUAAUCUAGUAAAGUGCAUAGUUAUAUUCCUUGAAAAUUAUCUAGUAAACUGCAUAGUUAUAUUCCUUGAAAAUUAUCUAGUAAACUGCAUAGUUAUAUUCCUUGAAAAUUAUCUAGUAAACUGCAUAGUUAUAUUCCUUAAAAAUAAUCUAGUAAAGUGCAUAGUUAUAUUCCUUAAAAAUUAUCUAGUAAACUGCAUAGUUAUAUUCAUUGAAAAUUAUCUAGUAAAGUGCAUAGUUAUAUUCCUUAAAAAUUAUCUAGCAAACUGCAUAGUUAUAUUCCUUGAAAAUUAUCUAGUAAACUGCAUAGUUAUAUUCCUUAAAAAUAAUCUAGUAAAGUGCAUAGUUAUAUUCCUUGAAAAUUAUCUAGUAAACUGCAUAGUUAUAUUCCUUAAAAAUAAUCUAGUAAACUGCAUAGUUAUAUUCCUUAAAAAUAAUCUAGUAAACUGCAUAGUUAUAUUCCUUAAAAAUAAUCUAGUAAACUGCAUAGUUAUAUUCCUUAAAAAUAAUCUAGUAAACUGCAUAGUUAUAUACCUUAAAAAUUAUCUAGUAAACUGCAUAGUUAUAUUCCUUGAAAAUUAUCUAGUAAACUGCAUAGUUAUAUUCCUUAAAAAUAAUCUAGUAAAGUGCAUAGUUAUAUUCCUUGAAAAUUAUCUAGUAAACCGCAUAGUUAUAUUCCUUGAAAAUUAUCUAGUAAACUGCAUAGUUAUAUUCCUUGAAAAUUAUCUAGUGAACUGCAUAGUUAUAUUCUCUAAAAAUAAUCUAGUAAAGUGCAUAGUUAUAUUCCUUAAAAAUUAUCUAGUAAACUGCAUAGUUAUAUUCCUUGAAAAUAAUCUAGUAAACUGCAUAGUUAUAUUCCUUGAAAAUUAUCUAGUAAACUGCAUAGUUAUAUUCCUUGAAAAUGAUCUAGUAAAGUGCAUAGUUAUAUUCCUUGAAAAUUAUCUAGUAAACUGCAUAGUUAUAUUCCUUAAAAAUUAUCUAGUAAACUGCAUAGUUAUAUUCCUUAAAUUAUCUAGUAAACUGCAUAGUUAUAUUCCUUGAAAAUAAUCUAGUAAACUGCAUAGUUAUAAUCCUUAAAAAUUAUCUAGUAAACUGCAUAGUUAUAUUUCUUGAAAAUAAUCUAGUAAACUGCAUAGUUAUAUUCCUUAAAAAUAAUCUAGUAAAGUGCAUAGUUAUAUUCCUUAAAAAUAAUCUAGUAAACUGCAUAGUUAUAUUCCUUGAAAAUUAUCUAGUAAACUGCAUAGUUAUAUUCCUUAAAAAUUAUCUAGUAAACUGCAUAGUUAUAUUCCUUGAAAAUAAUCUAGUAAACUGCAUAGUUAUAUUCCUU